CUUUGCAUGGACGGAACUAAGCUUCAUAUUUAUUGCACCGACAGCUUUGACAGUUAGAAAUCAAUCUGAUGCGCUGGGCAGUAUUUGACAGUAAUCCAGCUGGAAAGCGCAUUUUGUAUAGCUAGCGGGUUUUUGGUAUGCUUUUGAAUGAGAUUAGCUAGCUAGCUUGUUAGCUAGCUCUUUAGCUGCUAAAAUGCUGUCCGUUGUAUUUGUGGUAUCAUUUUGGGCUACAAACUUUAUUUUCCACACUGCCUACAUAGAUGCAAAAGAUCUGAAAGAUUCUUGUUCAACCUGCAGACAGAUCACAGACAACUUUAACAAGGGGUUCGAGAGAACCGCAAAGCAGAACUUUGGUGGAGGAAACACCGCGUGGGAGGAGAGGAAACUGUCAAAGUAUGAGACCAGUGAGAUUCGCCUGAUGGAGAUUGUAGAGGGCCUGUGUGACAGCAGCAGCUUUGAGUGCAAUCACAUGGUAGAAGAACAUGAGGAGCAUUUGGAGACCUGGUGGUUCAAGAGAAAAACAAAGCACCCUGACCUUUUCAAAUGGUUCUGCAUCGACACCAUCAAAGUGUGCUGUCCCAAAGGAACCUUCGGCCCUGACUGCAAUGCAUGUAUAGGAGGUUCCGAGAGACCUUGCCAUGGCAACGGCGCAUGCGAUGGCGAUGGAACCAGGGCAGGCCACGGAAAGUGCAGCUGUCACCAUGGAUACAAGGGGGAGUUUUGUCUGGACUGUAUCGACGGGUACUUUAACGAGGAGAGGAAUGACACCUUCUCUCUCUGUAAAGAAUGCCAUGCCUCCUGUAAGACCUGUAUGGGACCAACCAAUGAGGACUGCGAUGAGUGCAAACCUGGGUGGGAGGAGAAUGAGGAGGGGGCGUGUGCUGACGUGGAUGAAUGCUCAAAGGAAUCACCACCUUGCAAAGAGAACCAGUAUUGUCUGAACACAGAUGGCUCAUAUUCCUGUAAAGCCUGUGACAAGGUGUGUAACGGGUGCAGCGGGGCGGGGCCCGAGCACUGCCUCGCCUGCGCAGAUGGCUACAAGGAUGAGGAGGGCACCUGCAUUGACAUCGACGAGUGUGAGCUGGCAGAUCCGGCAUGCCCAGGGGAGCAUCGCGAGUGUGUCAACACCAAGGGCAGCUACAAGUGCUACUGCGCCAGCGGGUUCGAGGAGCAGGAUGGCGUCUGUGUCCCCACGCCAGAACCGGAGCCGGAGCCAGAGCCAGAACCAGAACCAGAGCAGGAGCCAGAGGAAAAUCAGGAAGAUACGGACUCCAAACCAACAGAUCCUCCAACUCACGAGGACCUGUAGCACCUUUCGAGACACACCUGUGAGACAACGACCACUGCAUCCAAAGGCUUUUGGAGACCAUCUCGUGUUUUGGAUUACAUGGCACUUGCUGUAUAUAUUAAAUUAACUGCACUUUUCGGACCAGCUUUUUACCUGAAGAAGCCUGUUUUUGUAAUGGAUGCCUACCUUAAUGGAUGUAAAUGUUGGUUUUCAUGUGUGAUUUUAAAUUUAACCCAUGGAACUCAAUUUUUGAAUAAAAUUUCAGUAUUGAAUAUGAUAAUGCACUCCAAUGCUUUAACGCUUAAUGGCCCAGUCACUCAUAUGGGUGUGUAGAUUGGGCUUUUAAGGUCAGUUAUCAACAGUAUGAAAGUGAACUCAGUGAGAGUUUUAUACAUGACCACCACAAUAUUCAUCCAGCACUCCUGAAAGAAGCUUGUCUACUUUCCUUCUUACUCUGUGUGUGUAAGUGUAGUAGGUCCUUCUCUGUGUUGAUGUCUGUACAUAUCAACC